CAUCAAGUUUCACAACCACCACGUGUGAGCUACUAGUGAAGAACAUCUCUUGUGUGUUUGUGUUAUAGUGUUUGAAUUGUAAAGCCGGAGUACAGUUGUUUGAGUACUGAGAUGGCACCAGGCGUUUCUAAACAGAAAAAGGCCAUGGAGAGCAUCAACUCUCGUUUGGCUCUGGUCAUGAAGAGUGGUAAAUAUACUCUUGGAUAUCGCUCGACAAUCAAGAGUCUUCGACUGGGCAAAGCCAAACUGGUCAUCCUUGCUUCGAACGCCCCUCCCCUCAGGAAGAGUGAGAUAGAGUACUAUGCUAUGCUGGCCAAGACUGGUGUGCAUUAUUACAGUGGUGACAAUGUGUCACUGGGAACAGCUUGUGGCAAGUAUUUCCGUGUAAGCACCCUCUCCAUAAUUGACCCCGGGGACUCUGACAUCAUACGCACGGUACCGGCUGAUUCAGGCAAGAAAGAAUGAACUGGUUGAACUGUUGUGUGAAGAUUUUUUGUUGUACCUUUUUCUGAUGUGUAUAAAUGAAACAGCAUGCCAUAAACAAAUCAAAGACAUAAAAA